CCCAAAAAGUCGAGCUGCUUCAGCUCUCUCCCUGGGUUUAUAUCACUAAACUGUUUCUCAGCUCUAAUUUCCUUUCAUCUCUAAUUACAGACAGAUUUCUUAUUUAAUAUAAUUCCCCAUUCUCAUCUCUCUCUCACUUCGUUUCAUAUCCCAAACAGCAGCAUCAGAGUAAAAGAGGGAGAUAUAGAGCGCUAGAGAGAGAAGGAAGGAAGGAAGGACGCAGAAGGCGAAGAAAGGAAGAAGAAGACGACAAGCACCACUUCACAGAAACCAACAGGAAGGCAGCUCUUCCUUCUUCCAUUCUCAAACUGCGUUGGCAAUUUUUUUUUUUUUUUUUUUUUUUUUGUGUGGAUCUACUGCCGCAUUUGGAUGUGAGGGCGAUAAAAAAGGCGCGGGAGGAGGAGGAGGAGAAGCAGCUAGAAAACUAAACUUCGAUCAGAUCGGUAGAUGGCGGACGCUUCCGGCGAAGGCGCGGACCUUAACGGCGGUACUCCUACUCCUGCUGCUUCUGUCUUUACUGCCGCGAAUGCUGGUGGAACGCCGACCUCGACGGCACCGCCACUGGCGCCGCCGCUAACGGUGUCAGGAUCCUUCAAGGAAGGGCCGAGGAGCUCGUCGAGGAGGAGGACGGCCGCCGUCAGGAAGAGCUUCGACGCCGAUAACGAGUUCAUGACCUUGCUUCACGGCUCGGAUCCGGUCAAGGUCGAGCUCAAUCGGCUCGAGAACGAAGUUAGAGAUAAGGACAGAGAGCUGAGCGAAGCUCAAGCGGAGAUCAAGGCCUUGAGGCUAUCGGAGCGACUUCGAGAAAAGGCCGUUGAAGAGCUCACUGAUGAACUCUCAAAGGUGGAUGGAAAGCUGAAAUUGACCGAAUCUCUUCUAGAAAGCAAGAAUCUGGAAAUUAAGAAGAUCAAUGACGAGAAGAAAGCUUCCAUGGCUGCUCAGUUUGCAGCUGAAGCUACUCUUAGAAGAGUUCAUGCUGCUCAAAAGGAUGAUGAUAUGCCUCCAAUCGAGGCUAUUCUUGCUCCUCUGGAGGCUGAGCUUAAGCUUGCUCGCCAAGAGAUUGCUAAACUUCAAGAUGAUAACAAAGCAUUGGAUCGUCUAACCAAAUCUAAAGAAGCUGCAUUGCUUGAAGCUGAGAGGACUGUUCAGGUUGCCAUGGCUAAGGCCUCCAUGGUGGAUGAUCUCCAGAAUAAGAAUCAGGAAUUGAUGAAGCAGAUAGAAAUUUGUCAGGAAGAGAAUAAGAUUCUUGACAAAAUGCAUAGGCAAAAGGUUGCUGAGGUCGAAAAACUCACACAAACUGUAAGGGAACUGGAAGAGGCAGUGCUUGCUGGUGGUGCUGCAGCCAAUGCUGUGAGGGAUUAUCAGCGGAAAGUUCAAGAGAUGAAUGAGGAAAGGAAAACCUUAGAUCGGGAACUGGCUCGAGCAAAGGUAACUGCAAACAGAGUGGCAACAGUAGUAGCAAAUGAAUGGAAAGAUGCUAACGACAAAGUGAUGCCUGUAAAACAAUGGCUUGAAGAGCGGAGAUUUUUGCAGGGGGAGAUGCAGCAACUCCGCGACAAACUCAACAUAGCUGAACGAACUGCAAAAUCUGAAGCACAGUUGAAAGAGAAAUAUCAGUUGCGGCUCAAAGUUCUGGAAGAAACCUUGAGAGGAUCUUCAAGUAGUAGUAGUAGUAGUCGCAGUGCAUCAGAUGGAAGGAGUACAAGUAAUGGGCCAUCUCGGCGCCAAUCCUUGGGCGGAGCUGAUAACCUCUCGAAAUAUGGAUCCAAUGGCUUUCUCCCGAAGAGAUCGCCAUCAUCCCAGAGAGCUUUGUCUUCUAGUACCAGCGCUGUGCUGAAGCAUGCUAAAGGAACAUCCAAAUCAUUUGACGGCGGCACGAGGUCACUGGACAGGGGUAGCAAAGCUCUCCUCAAUGGAGGUAGUCCUAAUUGUUCAUUCAACCAGCCCACAGAUGUUCCCAAGGUUACAGAAUCUUCAGAUACUUGGAAAGGAAACCCAGAUGAGAAGCCUACCGACUUCCCUCCAGCAGACACAGAAGAUAAAGUUCCCGGGAUGUUGUAUGAUUUGCUGCAGAAAGAAGUUGUUGCUUUAAGGAAAGCGGGUCAUGAGAAAGAUCAAAGCCUCAAAGAUAAAGAUGAUGCUAUUGAGAUGCUAGCAAAGAAGGUAGAAACAUUAACCAAAGCUAUGGAGGUUGAGGCAAAGAAGAUGAGAAGAGAAGUAGCUGCAAUGGAGAAGGAGGUUGCUGCUAUGCGAGUAGACAAAGAACACGAAAAUAGAGCAAAGCGGUUCAGUCACUCGAAAAGCACCGUCUCUGCAGCUCAGGUGCUUCCUGUAAGAAGCAUGGGAAGCAUGGGGCGUGGCGGGUUAACACGCAGCACUCAGUGACCUACAGAAGUUAAGUCUCAGCUUUGCCAAAUCAGCAAAGAAGUGGGAAGAAAACGUCUUCAUAGGUUCCGUGUUCUUCCCCUCCUCGGUUCUUUACAUACAUUGUUCGCUCUUCUCUUGGUACUGCAACUGUGAUUGAGAUGGUAACUCAUAUGGUUGCAACCCGAUAUCCUCACUGCCUAGGGAGGAUGAUGACAUCGUUUCGAAAGUAUCGGUUUGCUGCUUCUGACAUAGAAACUACUUGUAUUUCCCUCCUCAUGCGUUAGAUUAUAAGAUAUAUCAUCUGAGCACAAAAGCAAGGUAGCAAGAAAAAAAAAAAGGAGGUCUGUUGGUUCAAAAAAGACAGACGUUAGACUUUUGGGGUAAAGGCUAACCAACCUCUUUUCGUGGUCAGUUUGUGUUGUGUGGUUUGGUUGUAUAGGUGUAGCGAGAGCGCCAUUGCCUUUCAAUUUUUCUCCCUCCCCCCUUGCCUAAAUCACCCGCCUACCAUUUUGCAGUGUUCGUUCCUUUCCCUCUCAGUGUUUACUUACUACUUGGCAGUAGUGUGGUUGUCUUUAUUUCAUCAGGGUUUGUUAAUAUUUUUGUAAUUCAAUAUUAUUAUUAUUACUAUUAGUAUUAUGAUCAUGAUCCAAAGGUACAUCUCCUUUGUGCUUUGUGUUUUACCAUCGUUGCCUUUCUCUUUACUUCUCUGCUGAGUUUUGUGGAAGAAUCGAUGCCCAUGUGCAUGUGCCUGAAAUUUUACGGUAUAUGAUGCUUACAUUACCACACCAAUCCCACUCCACUUGCGUGCUGUGUUGGGUGGGUGGGAUUUUGCUUUGGGAACCAGAUUUCAAUCUCGCCUUUUUUUUUUCUUCUUCUUUCUUUUCCCCUGAUGCACUCUCCUUUAUCUUGGUCUUUCAUCACAUGCAUGAUAGGAAGUGACAGUGAUUCGUGUUCUGACAGAGUAACGGGGAAGUAGUAGAAGGAAGAUGGGUCAUUUUCAUCGGGUGGUAGUAUAGUGAUGAGAAAGAGAAGCAUCUUCCUGAGAAUUGAAUUAGGGAAAAGCAAGAGAUGUUUAUUGAGAUUUUUAGGUGCCCGACCAAGGAAGCAAAUAAAAAAGGAUUGGAAAGCUGAUCACGAUUUUGCCUGAAAUGGAAUAGUGGAGUUAGAUGUUCGGGAGCAAUGCUUAUAAAACUCGAAAGCGUGAUUCUAUCUAUCCAGAAGUGUUUUUGAUGAUUUAGCAAUGUGUAAAAGCAGAAAUUGUCAAAUUUCAAACCGUAAUUUUGACUAUAGUAGUUAGGAAAAAUUGCAAUUCUAGAUAGAAGUAUUGUUGACCUAAAAACAUAAAAGACGGAAGUUUUAAAAACUUAAAAUCGCGAUUUUGACGGUAUUGUUUAGAAGGGUAUAAUAUAAGCAUAAAAAAACUUUCGUUCUGAUUGCACCCACCCACACUCAAUGAGUGUUGUUUGGAAAGAGGUGCUUUCAUGGGACAUGUCGUCUGCAGCUGCCCUGCCCUGCCGCCACGACAUAUUUUUGGAACUCUUUAACUGAGACGAGGGGGCCAAGCAAAGCAAAGCAAAGCAAAGCAAGGCGGCAGGGGAGAAAGUGUCUAUAUCAUUGUGAUUUGUUUGUUUAACCCGGUUGGUUAGGUUAAGUGGGGGCUUGUGUUGUUGAGUAAAGGUCGGUUCUUUGGAGGUAGCUUUAUAAAAAAACAUGGCGAUG